CCGCCUGGAGUACACUGCUCAGGGUUUAAGGACAAGCACAGUCAGAGGUAUGAAGUGGAGAUCCAAGGGUGACCCUGAGGACUUUUGUAAUUAGGGUGAGCAGUGACCCUUCCUUCAGUGCGUGCUGCCUGGCACUUUGGUGGCCCCUGAAGUGGCCCCUGUGGGGCCAGGUGCAUGGGCUGCCCUGUGCUUGCAGGCAUGCGUCAUUCUCGACAUCCCCAGAAAGGGGCGUUGGAAGGAGCCCCCGCUUGCUCUUCUGUACAGUGAAGGAAAGAAAUGUGACUGUUUGCCUGCCGCCCUGUAAAUCUGAAGAAGUGAUAAGAUAUCUGAGAGCCCUUUGUAAGUCACCGCUUGCUGUGUCCUUAUGCUGUUUCAUACCCCUAGUCCUGUUAGGUGCCUGUAAAUAUUAAUUUAACUGGAAAUAUUGCCCAGAUUCUACUCAGCCAGGUAUUCUCAGGAAAUGAAAUAUUUGAGAAAAAGCUUACAUGCAUGGGUCAGAAGCCAAGAAGAAGCCUUCCAACAGCACAGCCCAGUAGACACCAGAGCAAUGAGGUGUUUGGCCAGCACAGCAUUUUCUGAGGGCCUCGUGUGCCUCGUCUUGUGAGAACUAGAUGACGUGGCUGCCAUGGCCUCAGAUGUACAGAAUGUGAGGAAUGGGCUGGAGCUCUGAGCCUGGACAGUCACUUGGCGGGCGUAGCUGAGAUGAGCAGACUUUUCCCACUCGCUCUGUUCCCCGCGCUCCUAUUUCUUCAAUGUUCUAGAUAAGGAGGAGCUGAGCUCACGAGGAAGGCCCCAGCUCUCCACCAAUGUGCUCCUUGGCAUCUCUGCCUCUCUGCUUCCCUCCACAUCUGUGGAGAGCUGCUGGGCCCUUACAGAACCAUGCAUGUCUGACUCAUUUGGGGCCUUGUCUUUCCCGGGUUCCCUGCUCUUCCCUCUCGGCCCCAUUUAAGGGGCUCCCCCUGAGUGGAAAGGGAGCUCCGUGAGGCCUUGCACCUGCCAGCUUAUAGGGUUGGGAGGCCAACUCUUCCAAGCCAGCCCCAACCUGAUGUUGGCAUGGAAGCACUUGGCAGGGGCCGAGGGGACACCUGCCACUGUACCGGAACCCAAAUAGGCAGGUCCCAGACAUUUUACCUUACACUGGGAGAGCAGAGGAGAUAGUUAGAAUAUAGCAUGGUGUUAUGGGCAAAAUACAGAUUCAGAAUCAGACAGACGUUAUUCUAGCUCUCCCCAACCUUCUGUUGUACCUUGAAGCUGUCUUUGGGAUAUAAUUUCUUCAGAAUUUCAUUUUACAUACAAGAGAACCCAUGGCCUGCUCAGCUGUGGCAGAGUCUUUCCCACAGAGAGGCACAUGCAAAUCCGUGGGCCUUCCAGUGGGAAAGCACCCGCAGCUUCCUCUGAUAACUGCUACUGUCAUAAAGAAUUUGCAUUUUUCCCCCUAAGGAUUUGGAAUUGGGAGGAAGCUGCAUAGGACAUUUCUCUUGUUCGUCUGACACAGGUUAGGGAGCUUUGCUGGGAACACAGGCACCAGCAGAAAGUCACACCCAGGAAGGAGGGAGAUCAGUUCCUGUCACCUCUGCAGGGCUGACGCUGGCCAGCGUAGGGGCGGUCGCGAUGGUGUUGAAGAUGCAGAGGUAGCAGCUGAUGGUGGCUGACCGCGAACCUCGCAAGUGUCUGACUUGAAAUGUCCUUACAUCAUCGUCUCACUGUGCGAUUUGAGGGCCCGGCUUGGGACACUGUCCGCUUCCCUUCGCUUCCCCUCUGGGAGCCCCUUUCGCCACCCCUGCACCUUGCUUCGGGUGAUGCCUGAGAGGGAGCUGUGGCCAGAAGGGCCUGGCUCGGCACCAGGGACCCACCUCAGCAGCCGCGACAGCAUGAUGAGCGCCACCUCCACCCACUCUGAAUCUGGUGACAACAGCUACGACUUCCUGUCAGCGGAGGAGAAGGAGUGUCUGCUCUUCCUAGAGGAGACCAUUGGCUCCUUGGAUGCCGAGGCCGACAGCAUUCUGUCCACUGACGAGUCAGAGCCAGCGACAACUCCCCAAGGUUCCAGAGCACUGCCCGUCACCCAGCCAGCUCUGCAAGGAAACCCAGGGGCGAUAAUUACUCAGCCGAGACCAGAGCUCAGGAGACUGACCGAGACUCCCUCGUCCUACCCUCCAGAGGGGGGCCUGGGCCGCAGGUCUGGCUCCUACAGCCUCCCGAGGAAUAUCCACAUUAGCAGAGACCAGAACUUCAGGAAAAGCACCGCCCAGACUAACGGUCUCUUCCCCGGAGGAGGGUCCGAGGGGCACGUAGCAGAGCCCAGGAAGGAGAGGGCCAGCCAGAGCAGUGGGGCACCAGCCAGCCCGCGGAGUGCUGCCCUGGGUCUGGACACAGUGCUCAUCCCUCCACCCGAGGCUUUCCAGGACCCGUGGCAGGGGCAGAGUGGGAAAGACAGCCUGCCCGAGGGGCUGGGAGAGCAGAGCCGUGCGCCCCUGCAGGUGGUGGCACCCAUGUCCCAUACAGCCAGCAAGAGAGGCGCUGCAGGGUGCCCUGGACAGCCACUCGCCCCUCCUGCCCAGCUGUCUCAAGAUGCCAGAGCUGAAGAUGCUCCCUUCCCAUCGGGGGACAACUCACACACCCCUGCGGCCCCCGUCACCGCCCAGAAGCCCCGGAAGCUGCCCCCCAACAUUGUCCUGAAGAGCAGCCGCAGCAGUUUCCACAGUGAGCCCCAGAGCUGGCGGUCCCGCCAUGCCGAGGCUGGAGAGGCUGCCCCGGCCCCCUCCUCCCUGCAGGAGCAGAGGAAAGCACGCAGAGAAGCCCUGAAGAAACUGGGGCUACCCCAGGACCUGGAGGAGCCCGGCUUCCACCUCAGCCACCCCGCCAGCUCCGUCAGACUCAAGAAGACCCAGGCUCAGGGCCCUGCUACAGCACCAGCCCCAGCUCAGCCGGUGGCUCUGGCCUCCGUCUCAGCAGCUCUUCCUGCUGCAGGGAAGGCUCCAGCUCCAGCUCCGGGAGCCUCUCCAGGCAAGGUUUGCACUGCUGCCCAGGAAGCACCUCCAGGAAAGGCCUCAGCUCAAAAAUCCUCGCCGAUUCCUAUCCCUAAGACCCCAAAGGCAAAUAGUCCCCCAACUAAACCGAAGCCAGACUCAGGACUGACUCUCCAGGAGGGCAGCAUCCUGGGCCUGAAACAGAUGAACUUCAAGUCCAACACUCUGGAGCGUUCAGGCAUUGGGCUGAGCAGCUACCUCUCAGCUGAGAGAGACCCCAGCCCCAAAGCCAGCACUUCCCUGGGGAAGGACUCAGUCUUGGGGAAGAUCUCUCCCAGUGUGCUACGUAACUCCCGGCCACGCCCUGCCUCCCUGGGUACUGGGAAGGACUUUGCAGGUAUCCAAGUAGGCAAGUUGGCUGACCUGGAGCAGGGCCAGAGCCCUAAGCGUCUGUCCUACCAAGGACAGAGCCGUGACAAGCUUCCUCGGCCCCUCUGUGUCAGUGUCAAGAUUUCCCCCAAGGGCCUCCCUGAUGAGCACAGGAGGGAGGCUCUGAGGAAGCUGGGGCUGCUGAAGGAGUAGCUCUGCCACAGAUUAAGGGAUUCUCGGGUCGGCUUUGCAACCUCAGAGCUCAGGGCUGGGCACAGCGGGCUUCUUUUAGAUGCCUCGCUCUCUGAGGGGAAGGGACGCGGAGACUUGCUGCCAAGUGUAUGCUUAUAUUCAGGGUCUCUGGCCAUCGAGGGCCUGCAUGGACAGAGCUCUACACAGGAGGGUGUGUGUGCGUGCGUGUGUGUGCGUGGGGAGCUGUGUAUCUCCCUGACACUAUUUAUGGAACACAGUUCUGCUCUUGUUGGAGCUUUGCUUACAAUGGGUAGAGUUCGCCUUCACGGACUGAGUGGAGAGAGGUGGCCAAGCUUGAGAAGAAAGUCAAAGGACACAGUGGAAGUACAAGUUACUUUAAAAUUGACAUUCAGGGCAUAAGGUCCUGAGAACCCUGCAGCAGACACAGGCCGGCUCACACCUUGCUGGACGCUCUCUGUUCAGGGCCUGGACGGGGCCUGGAGCUGAGGGGCUGGUUUGUUAUCUCUUCGCCCAUGGCCUUCUUGGUGUCACACACCCCGGGAGCAAACCUCUCAGUUCACUGAUAGCAGAGCAGCCUCCAGGAUCUGGGAGGGCCGGAUAAGUAACUGCACUCACUCCUGGGAGUUUGCGUCCACAGCCUCCCUCGACAGAGGCACCAGAAACUGCUGCUCACCAGCCUGCCACACUGCUCUUGCCCUCUGGCUCCCUAUCGCGUUCUGCACCUGCCUGACUCGGGGUCUGGUCAUCACCAAGGCCGAAGCCCCCACCCAGAGGCUCAGCAGGGACCGUGGAACCGUUCCAGGCCUGGUCCGUGCCGUUGAAGGCAGCUUUCCAGUGUCCUCGGCUCCCACAGUGGGAGUCAGCACGAUGUAUGGGACAUCAGCACUCUGAGGGAGCCCAGGGAAGCUCCAUCCACCCUGCUGGGGAGGAUGAGGGGCCCUCAGGGUUACUCCACUUGGCGGCCACGCAGAGACGGAACCUGUGCUCCCGGGUGCGCUCCCCCCCGCCACACUGCCACCCUCACCGGUGCUCAAAUGUCCACAAGGACUUGAGUUCACGGUCACUUCCCCCCUCCAGCCCUUGGCCCCUCCAAGAGCCUAAGUGUCUUCUGAA